AAACAGUAAUUUCCAGGAUGUAAAAAGCAGCCGAAAACUAUUUGUAAGUAAUUUGAACAAAAUUAUUUUAGUAUGCUUGGUUAGAGUGACAAAACUUGGGAGAAGUUUCAAAAUUCACAAGACCUGUACGCUAUUGACAACUUCUUUCGGUCAACCGUUAAGGAUUCAAAAUUUUAAAUUUUGUUGACUUUUUUACCUCAAACAAUUAGAUUCGAUGGUUGAGAACCUACGAUUUUGAAUUUAGAAAGGGUUGGUUGAGGGCAUCAUAUUUGAAAACUUUUCUAUGUGAAGCUACUCUCUGCCCAUCCGGCUCUCAGUUUACCAAACGCUGGAUUCCGCCAUAUUCUCGAGUUAAUAAGAAAGUACUGUUGAAAUUGCUUUCUCUUUUAAAAAAAAUUUGAGCUAAGUCGCUCUUCUAUUAAAAGUAUAACCCGAUAAUUUAUUCUGCUCAGUUGACGAGUAGUUUUAUUGGUAUCUGAAAAGAUGAGACAAAAACGAGCAAAGACUUACAGAAAGUUGAUGCAUACGUAUCAACUUGUUUUCGGUUUUCGUGAGCCGUAUCAAGUUUUAGUUGAUUCUGAUUUUAUUUCGGAUUUGACAAAAUCAAAAAUGGACAUCACUGCUGCUAUCAAGAGAACAGUACAAGGAGAUAUUAAACCAAUGAUUACCCAGUGCUGCAUACGCCAACUUUACAGUCGGUCACAGGAAGCAAAACAAGAAAUCCAAAUUGCGAAAUCGUUUGAACGAAGACGUUGCGGCCAUAUUGAUGAAGCAAAGUCACCUUUAGAAUGCAUGCAGAGCUGUAUCAACGUCAACGGAAAGAACAAACACCGAUAUGUUGUUGCAACUCAAAAUACUGAACUUCGUGAUCACCUUCGCUCUGUACCUGGAGUACCACUUAUUUAUAUGAAGCGUUCUGUAGUAGUUUUAGAACCUGCUUCCAGAGCUACAAUGCUGGAAAAGCAUGCCAAGGAAUCUUCCCAGAUGGGUGUGUCGAAAGAAGAAAAGCAAAUUUUAUCUGGCAAAAGACCAGUUAGUGAAUCCGAAGGGGAAGAAACUGGUAAUGAAGCCACUGAAAAUACAGAGGAGCAACCGAAGAAGAAGAAGCGUAAAGGUCCUAAGGGACCCAAUCCUUUGAGUGUUAGAAAGAAAAAGUCGGCAUCACACCCUGCACCUCCUGAGGACUCUCCUCCGGUGAAUAUCAUCGGAGCUGUGGGUCAACGCAAGAGACAUCGUCGAAAGAGGCACUAGGGUGAUGCUAAUCAAAAUUAUAGAUUCGGGUUAUGUAUAUUCGUUUUAUUUAGUAUAUUUUUAAGGUAAUCUGGUACGGUAUAAAAGAAAAUUUUCAAGAGAUGUUGUAGAGAAAGAUCAAAUCUCUUCCAUAAAUCCCA